CAUCAAUCAAUCAUACACUUUAUUUAAACAUGGCUCCCUCUGUCUCCAUUUCCAUUCUGGUAUUAGCAUUAUGGGUUCUUUGCAUAUUCACGCACUCCGCAACUAUGGUUGUUUCAGCUAACUCAUCAGCGCUAGAACUAGAAGCCAAGGCUCUGCUGGAGAGUGGGUGGUGGUCCUGGUGGAGUAACUACACCAAUGGUUCCUCCUUAAGUCAUUGCGCGUGGCGUGGAAUUAAAUGCAAAGAUGGCGGAAGCGUCAUAGAGAUUGACAUGGAAGAGGUCUAUCUGGGAGAUAAGUUUCGAAAAUUCAACUUCUCAUCCUUCCCAAAUUUACAAGUUCUUUAUCUUUAUAAUACUGGACUCCAAGGAAGCAUCCCGCCAGAGAUUGGUACUCUUUCUAAACUCACCUCUCUUUCUCUAUCCAUGAAUAAUCUCACGGGUAAUUUGCCUCUUUCACUUACAAACCUCACUCAAUUAGAGGCGUGUUCCAUUCAGUAUAAUCUAUUCAGUGGGUCCAUCCCCGACGAAUUGGGAAAUUUAAAGAAUCUUCGAUAUUUGAGUGCAAGUAAUAACCAACUCACUGGUCAGUUUCCUCUUUCGCUUGCCAACCUCACUCAGUUAGAGACAUUUGACAUUUCUUCUAACCUAAUUAGUGGGUCCAUUCCUAAAGAAUCUUUAUAGUUUAGAUUUGAGUAAUAACACACUCACCGGGCCAAUCCCUUCAACUCUUAGCCUUCUAACCGGUCUUUCUUAUUUGGAUCUGUCUUCUAAUGAAAUCAGCGGUUCUAUAGCUUCAGAAAUUAGAUUUCUAAAGCACCUAGAAUACUUGGACCUACAGCAAAACAAGCUCACUGGUCCACUCCCUUCAUUUCUAUGGCAUCUAACCAAUUUGACCUAUUUGUCUCUUAAUUCGAACCAAAUCAAUGGUUCCAUUACCGCAGAAAUCGGCAACAUGAAGAAUCUGGAAGAGUUGUACCUCAAUUAUAAUGACAUUGCUGGUCAAAUCCCUAUCACAAUUGGUCAUUUAAUUAAAUUGAGAAAUUUGUCCCUUGCUUGGAACCAAAUUAGUGGCUCCAUCCCUGCAGAAAUAGCUAAUUGCAUUUUGUUGCAAAACUUAACUCUAAGCCACAACUACUUAACAGGAACCAUUCCCUUUAACAUGAGUAACCUUUAUUUGUUAGUAUAUUUAGAUCUCAGCUAUAAUAACCUUAGUGGUUUCAUUCCCCGAACUAUCAGUCAUUUAACUGAUUUGGAAACUCUGUCCCUCAAUUGGAAUCAAAUCAGUGACUCCAUCCCCAUAGAAAUAGCAGAUUGCAGGAGCUUGAAACACUUGUCAUUAAGCCACAACUAUUUAACUGGAAACAUUCCCUUUCUCAUUGGUUAUCUUCAUUUCUUAAAUGCUGUUGACCUAAGUCAUAACAAUAUCAGCGGAGAUAUUCCAUUUGAACUUGGAUCACCACCUUUAGAGCUCUUGGAUCUUAGCUACAAUAAUCUGACUGGAAACAUUCCCAUGUUUUCUAUUUCCAUAAAAGAAAUAAACCUUUCAUACAAUUCAUUGCAAGGUCAAAUCCCAAAUGGCUACUUAAAUUGUACACCUUACACAUUUAUCGGCAACAAAGAUUUAUGUGGCGACAUCCAAGGUUUCCGUCCCUGCUUUCGAAAUUCUCCAAAUAGUUUCUCAAAAAUUGUCCACCAGAUAAAAAUUGUUGUUCCCCUCAGCUUUUUCCUUGUGUUUUUACUUCUUGGGUUUAUUUUCCUCUCUCGACGUGGGGAUAAGAAAACUAAAUCGGAUUCAAGUGAGCCAAAGAAUGGAGACUUAUUUUCAAUAUGGAAUUAUGAUGGAAAAAUUGCAUAUGAAGACAUCAUCGAAGCAACAAAGGACUUUGACAUUAGCUACUGCAUCGGGACAGGCGGUUAUGGUAGUGUUUACAAAGUAUAACUGUCUAGUGGUAAAGUAGUUGCCAUAAAGAAACUUCAUCGCUUGGAGGCUGAGAACCCAACAUUUGACAAGAGUUUCAAAAAUGAGGUCAAAAUGUUGACAGAAAUCCGACAUCGAAAUAUUGUUAAACUUCUUGGCUAUUGUUUGCAUAAUCGAUGCAUGUUUUUAAUAUAUGAGUAUAUGGAAAGGGGAAGCUUGUUUUCUGUCCUAAGCAACAAUGUUGAGGCUAUGGAAUUCGAUUGGAUGAAGAGGAUGAACGUCAUCAAAAGUACAGCACAUGCCUUAUGUUACAUGCAUCAUGAAUGUGUUCCGGCAAUUGUUCAUCGAGAUAUAACCAGCAACAAUAUACUAUUGAACUCUGAAUUGGAGGGUUUUGUCUCUGAUUUUGGCAUGGCUAAAUUUCUUGAUCCUGAUUCCUCCAAUCAAACUUUAGUUGCUGGGACUUAUGGUUAUCUUGCUCCAGAAUUGGCCUAUACUAUGGUGGUGACUGAAAAAUGUGAUGUUUAUAACUUUGGAGUGGUGGCAUUAGAAAUAUUAAUGGGAAGACAUCCAGGCGAGCUCAUGACAUCGUUAUCAUCAUCUCAAAGUGUGAUGUUAAAUGAUAUAUUAGACCAACGUCUCCCACCUCCAAACCGUUUGGUUGCAAAGGAUGUUUUUCUUGUUGCUGCAAUUUCAUUUGCUUGCUUACACACUAAACCAAAGUCUAGGCCGACAAUGAAAUGGGUGUCCCAAGAAUUUCUCUCUCACAAGAAACCAGUAACAAACCCCUUACACUCAGUUUCACUGUGGCAGCUGAGGAACCAAGAAAAUUAUAUAAUCGGAGAGAGUGAAACUCAAUAAGGAAUGGAGAGGGUGAAACUCGAUAAGGAAGUGCUUGUUUUUUCAGUUGAGAACCAUAUUGUUUGACGAACUUCUAUGGCUAAAAAUGUUGUGUUACAAUAACAAUACCUUAAGAAUCUUGUGCAAGUUGUAUGUGUUGUUCUUUAUGAUUUGUAACUGGU